AUGAGAUUCUCCCUCCUCGCGGCAGCCGCCGCCCUCCUCUCCCCGGCCUUCGCGGCCCCGCGCGUGGUCAAGGUCGACCCCAAAGACAUCAAGCCUCGCCAUCCCGGCGGCAUACAUUUCAAGGUUGCCCAGGUCCACAACGACCAUUUUCGGCAGCACGGCAAAGGUCCCAGGGCGCUGGCUAAGGUGUAUCAGAAGUACGAUGUUAAGAUGCCGACUUCUCUUCUGAGGGUUUUGAGGACGAUCUAUGACGAAAUUGAGCACCCCUCCAACGACGAUGACCCGUCUGGGUACGCGGCUGGGGAUGGUUCUUAUGGCGGAGGAGGGGCAGGAGGAGAUGACAGCGACACGCCCAGGGUUCCCGACACGGGCGAGGUAACCGCCAUCCCGCAGCUGUUCGACGUCGAGUACCUCGCCCCCGUGGAGAUUGGCACGCCGCCGCAGACCUUGAUGCUCAACUUCGACACGGGGUCGUCCGAUCUCUGGGUGUUUAGCAGCGAAACACCCGCACGGUACGUCGCGGGGCAAAAACUGUACCAGAUCGAGAACAGCACGACUGCCACGAGGCUCGCGAACCACACCUGGGCAAUUCAGUACGGAGAUGGGAGCCGGUCGGCGGGAAACGUGUGGCUGGAUACGGUCAGUAUUGGCGGGAUCGCGGUGGACAGGCAGGCUGUUGAGUCCGCGACGAGUGUGAGCAGCUCGUUUACGCGGGAUAAUGCCUCGUCGGGGAUCUUGGGGCUGGCGUUUGAUCACUUAAAUCAGGUCAGGCCGAAUAAGCAGAAGACGUGGUUUUCGAAUGCGUUGGACGUAUUGGAGAUGCCAGUAUUCUCGGCCAAUUUGAAGAAAGCUGAGCCUGGUAACUACAACUUCGGCUUCAUCGACACCACCGAGUUCCUCGGCCCGCUACACUUCGUCGACGUCAAUUCAACCGACGGCUUUUGGAAGUUCGAAGCGACCGGCUUCUCCAUCCAAAACGCCAACUCCACCGACAACACCUCCUCUCUCUUCGUCCCCGUCGCCCACACCGCCAUCGCUGACACCGGCACCACCCUCCUCCUUUUACCCAGCGCCAUAACCCAAGCGUACUACUGGCAAGUCGCCAACGCGACCGACAGCCCCAUGCUCGGCGGCUGGGUCUUCCCCUGCGGGACGUACCUCCCCGAUCUGACGCUGCAUAUCGGAACGUAUAAGGCGGUCAUUCCGGGAGAGCUGAUGGUGUUUGCGCCGGUGGAUACGGAUGAUCUUGCGACGGCGACGACGUGCUAUGGGGGGAUACAGAGCUCGAGCGGGUUCCCAUUUGCGAUUUACGGGGAUGUGUUUUUGAAGGCGCAGUGGACGGUUUUUGAUAUGGGGGAGGAGAGGUUGGGGUUUGCGGCGAAGCCGAUCUAA